AUGUCGACAUUAUAUGGCUAUGGCGAUGUAACAUCGGAAGAGGUCGAAACAAUCGAUAGUGAUGAAGAAGAUCAAAAGCGAUCAAGUCGAGAUUCUGACAAGUUACCCUUUUCAAUCACAUGGCGAGAUGAUUUGAAGAAUGAUGAGAUGAAAAUUCCAUGUUCGUGUUUGUUGAUUACUCUCGGUGCUACUGCUUCGGCAUUUGCUUUCACUCAUAUUUUAUGUAAUUAUGACAUGGAAUUGAUUGGCUAUGGAACAGAUGAUAAUAGUAAUGAAACAAAAACGUUUGAUCAAAUCAAAAUGCAGCAAUAUUCAACACAAAGUGUUGAUCGGGUCUAUCGCUUAGCAUCGAGUUCAUUGGUAUUGGUUCAACUGAACUCACCGAUUAAGUCUGACCGACUUUGGCCGUUCAGUGAGGAGAUUUUGAAUAAAUUCAAUUUAUCAAAUCUCUCACCAACAAAUCCUGUCUACAUUAUUCAAUCCCGUUUGUCCAUGGAUUACGUGACAGUCUCCGGUGAACUAGAAAGCAAAUCUAGUUUGUUCAUUCGUUAUGUUAAAUCAUCAAUCAUUCCAACGGAUGAUAAAAUCACCCAAACAAUCAAACCAAUUGAACCGCCAAAUGCCAUUCGUGGUCUCUCCGCAGCUUUGUUCACCAAACUGCAUCAAGCCAAUAUUCCGGUUCUUGUUCUCGUUGUUUACCAACGGCAUUCAUCGGUCAACGCCGAUGCGUUAAAACUUUUACAACGAAUUCUAGACCGAACAAGCACAACAUUAAAACCGUACAUUCAAUUGACAGAUAAGACAAAUAAACAACUGAUUCGUUUGGCAGCAACGCAAACCAGUAACAUGUAUUCGUAA